CGAGUAUAAGUUUCGUCACAAUCAAUAGACGCAUUGCACAGAUGGUCAUGUCUGUGUUGGUAGUAGCCCAGCUUCUGAGUUUGUUUAUAUCAAAUGGGAAAUGUUUACAAUUGAAUGAAGAGGGUAAAACAGAGACGUUGUCAGUUGUAGUAGAUUCCAAAACACACAGACAGACUGACAUUAUACAGAUUAUAGAACCACCGAAAUCAGUUCAAGAUUCACAAAGACUGAAAAUAUCGUACCACUGCAGCGACAAUAAAGUGUUUGGGAUAGAAAUCAUUACAAACACAGAGAGUCAGGCAAAGAAAAGACUGUUCCACAGAGCCUGGAGAUGUAAAAAGACUAAAGACAUUAACAGAGUAUUAACAGUAAAAGCGCAUUUUCCAAAGAGAUAUGCGUUUAAACCAGAUAUAUUUCAAAAAUAUUACGAAUUUUUGUCGGACACUAAAAUCCGUGUGUGGAUUUUAGAUGAAUGGCAAUGGCAGACGGCAAAACGCCACCACGACGCGUUUAUGCGAGCUUUUGUGAAAGCUAGUUAUCUUGUGGAAUACCCGCCACCUUUUUCCAGACCAAGAAGAAAUUUUGAAGAUGUUUGUGUACCAUGGAACACUCAAUUACUUUUUGAUAUGUUCUUAAAAUUGAUACCGAAAUGCUCACACGAAGAAGAUUCUGUCGAGAUUAUAAAGUUCCCGGCUGUGAUGACUGGCCUUCCUUACGGUAUUGUGAGAACCUUUCAACCUUACAAAGACCCUGAGCUAGAAAAUGGGAGGCGGUUAAUGCUACAGAGUCCAAGUUUUACACUGUCUGUGUGGUUGUAUGUGUUGGAAUACUGUCGAGACGGACUAUGUGGCAUCAUCACUCGAAUAGACAAGAUGUCACGUUAUCUGACGCCAUUGAUUUUUCUGACGAAAGAUGGGAGUUUCCACAUUCAGAUCACCCAACCUCAUGGACAAGAUAUAGCAGCUAUCACUAAUUUCAACGUACCUCUGCACCAAUGGUUUAGAUUCGUCUUUACUCUUGAUAACCAAAUGUGGACAAUAACAUUUCAUCAUGGAUCGGGUUUCAAUAAAACAUUUGAAACAUCAUUCCGGAUCCCCGGGUCAGUGUAUAUGAACGACACGGAGGGACUCAUGGUUGUUGGAGGAAUGGAAGGCAUGUCCGCUUUUAGAGGUUACGUAGGUCAAGCCACAUAUUACAGAAAUCAGAUCAAACAACCUACCCAGAUACCUUUUCCGGGUCCCCAACAUCCAAUGUUUGAGCUGCAGCUUUCUAGACGGGAGGACAAAUGUCUCUCUUUCCUACAGUGGACAAAAAAGAGAUUAAGAGUUUACAAACUUAGAAGACUACGUGACGAGUACAAAAGGAGCUCUUUCCAAUAUUUUGCAACCAUCCGUCAACGAACUCUGAACCAAAUUUCAAGGAACGAUUCCUGUUUGUAUUUGGACGCCCCUGCACCCAAAAGUUACAGGAUUCUGGAUCAGGUCCUCAGGAGAUUCCGUUUGGCCUCAGAUAUUAGUGACUCGAGUUUGAAGCUGAUAGGUUCCAGACUAUUUAAAGUUCUAAAAAAGAAAAUAGACGCUGAUGUAUAUCGCACCGGCAGACUUUUACCAGUGUUGAAGCAAAGCGCCUGUCUGGGCGACAACGACGCAAUGUUUCUCGUGGCAGUUAUCCUGAACAACGGUUUUCUAGUCAAAGCCGACGAAAUGCAGGCUUUGGCUUACUUAAUGAUGGCGGCGUUAGACAACCAUAGACUGUCAUUUCUGGCAAUUGGAAAUAAACACAAAAACGGACUGGACACAUUACCAUUAGAUCUGGAACAAGCAUACAUGUAUUUUAAGUACGUAGCUGAUACGACGAGGGAGGACCGUGAAAAACAUAAAGAAACCGAUGUACUCACUGAAUCAAUACGUCUGACAGAUGACGCCAAUCUUCGAGAGCAGACGGACGAAGAUGGGGAUGUAUUUCAUUGGUGGAUCCAUCAGGCAAAGAAAGGCGUGUUUACAGCACAGCAACACGUUGCCCGGAUGAUGUUUUGGGGUACACAGGGUUUAAAACGUAAUGUGCAAGCAGCUGUCGAAUAUUAUAAGAUGGGUGUUGAAUCGAAAGAUCCCUCUGCCAUGUAUGAUUAUGGUGUAUUAUUGAUGAGGGGGCAAGGGAUGAAGAAAAAUGUAUCUGAAGGUUUAUCUCACAUUAGAAAAUCAGCAGAACAGAAAAAUCCAGAAGCCUUGAAUGCCCUCGGAUGGUAUGCGAUGAACUUUGGUAGGAAUUUCACUCAGGCAGCUGCAUACUUUGAAGAUGCAUAUCGCCAUGGCAAUCCAGAUGCCGCUUUUCAUCUGGGAAUUCUGCAUCUCCAUGGGAACUACCCAAAUAAAACAGCUGACCCUGAUUUGGCGUUGCAGUAUUUUAGUUAUGCGGCUACAAGAAAUCAGUUUGAUGCGGGAAUAAGCUUGGCCUAUCUUCAUCACAAGGGAACUCCUCGCUCCAGCAGAAACAUAGAAAUGGCUGUAGAAUGGGUUAGAUUUAUCGCAGAGAAGAAUCCACAUUUAGGACUAGUUCUUCGCUCUGGCCUCCAUUCAUACAGACAUGGUGAUCAUUUUCUCGCCAUGUUGUAUUAUAUGAUGGCCGCUGAAGCUGGGAUAGAAGUAGGAACUUUCAAUUUAGCGUGGCUGUGUGAAGAAAAUAAAGAUGGGACUUCCUCAUUUAUUGAGAAAGAUUGUCAGUGGAGGAACUACAAUCUGUCGACGCGGAGAGAACACCAUUUUGUUGAUUCCUACGCUUUUCUAAAAAUGGGGGAUUAUUAUUGGUACGGCUGUGGAGGACAAAGAGACGCCGACAAAGCGGCGGAAUUUUAUACUCUGGCUGCGUCAAAAGGAGACCCUCAAGGCAUAUUCAAUCUGGCUUAUAUUUUCGAAGAAGGUGCUAAAAUUUUUCCACACAUAUGGCAGAAGCUGAGAAUACCAAAAUACCAACAAAGUUCUAAGUUUGAAAUCCUUCAUCAUCUUUACUCAAGAUGUCGAGAUUCUCCAAAGACCGAAGCAUAUAUACCGUGUACGGUGUCUCUGUAUAGAAUUUUUCUGAGAAAAAGUUGGCAAGAACAUGAAACGAUGAUAAAGAUAACUAGUUUUGCUGUAGUUCUGUUCUUAACCAUUGGUAGUAUUUAUUUUUUAGUGUUUUAUUUAAAAAAUCAUGUAAAUGAACAUGCUAAUUAUGCAGAUGUUUUAUAAAAUGAAGAAAUAAAAGGAAAAGAAAUAUAUGAACUAGACAUUGAAAUUGUUUCAUUUGUAAUUAUACUCGUACAUUAUCAUAACGUCUGAUGAAGUAUGAUUCAUGAACGAAUAAAUAAAAGUAUAAAUUAG